UCUCUUUAAUUAAUGAAAACGUGUAAAAUUGUGUAUUAUUUUCAGACUAAAAUGUUGUACUUCCAUCCAGAUCAUGAAAGAUACAAGGCUUCCAACGAUAUUGAGAGCACAAAAGUAGGUUCUGAUGAUAAAAGAAUAUUAAAGCAUAUAAUGAUUGAUAUUCUCAAUCUGAGGAAUGGAAUGGAAGAUAACCUACUUCUAAUCCAACAAAUCCACCUGAUGGUACAGAAGGAAGGAGAGGAGCAGAGGGGGUUUAAUGAUGUGAUCCAUGCUGCCCAGCAACAUAUUAAAACAACCAAUUCAGUUUAUACACUUGGCGUAUCUUGGCUUAAAGAUGAGACUGCUUAUGCCCUCAGCAUUAUUCAAGGAAAAGAAAGCAAGGAAGAUUUGGAGAUGACAGGUUAUGAUACGAGUGCUGAUGAGUGCCAUGAAAUUAAAAUAGAAAUGGAAGAAAUCGACGAACCUGGUCCUUUAGAUCCUGUAGACCCUAGUCAAGUUCUAGUGCAUCAGAUGAAGGAGGAGGAAGGAGUUUUCGAGGAUGUAAAAGAUGAAGAUGGUGACAAAUUUGUUACAAGGAAUCGCAAUCAAACUCUAGAUCCAGAUAAAACCAAUAAAUCAAUAUUUUCCUGUUCUUUAUGCGAAUAUCAAACUCAGAAACGGUACGUUUUAAAACGACAUAUAUUAGUGAAACACCAAGGCCUGCGAUUCAAAUGUGAUCAAUGUGAGCGGUCUUUCAGCGAAGAAUAUAGUUUAAGAAGACAUGUUAGCAAUAUUCAUGAAGGAAAACGAUACUUUUGUGAUGAAUGCGAUUUUUCAGCUUCCAGUUCAAGUAUGCUUAAACUUCACACGGACCGGUUUCAUCUGGGUAUAGAAUUCCCUUGCAACAUAUGUGGACAUUUGGCUGCUACUAAAGCUAUUUUAAAAGUGCAUAAAGAAAUCGUUCACGAGAAAACCAGGUCCUUCUUGUGUGACCAAUGUGAUCAUAAAGCGUCAAAUAAAGGUAAUCUGAGGUUGCACAUCCAAAACACACACAACACAAGUAUAGUGUAUGCUUGUGAUGUUUGUGAUUACACCACGUACAACAAAGUAUGUUACAAGGGACACAAACAGAGACAUGUAAGUCAGUAUUUAUGUGAACUGUGUCCCUAUAUAGGCAAAUCAAAAUCUGGACUACAGAGACACAAGCAAGUUAAACAUGAUGGAAUACGAUUCCCUUGCGACCAAUGUAACCAUUUAGCACGCGACAAAGUUCAUUUAAAAACACACAAAGAAGCAGUGCAUUUAGGAAUUAAGUAUCCAUGUGAGCAAUGUGAAUUUUCAGCUUCAACUAAAACUAAUUUGAAAGAGCACAUUGCCUGUAAACAUGAUGAAACAAAGUAUCCAUGUGAUCAGUGCGAGCAUGUUGCAAAUACACAAUAUGCAUUGAGAAAACACAUGAAGACAAAGCAUAUUUCUACAUCUUUAAGAACGUCUUCUCCAAGCAAUUAAAUUAAUUAAAUUUCUCAUAAAUUUGAAUCAAUAAAUUUAAUAAUUUUUAUUUGCAGA